AAGGCUCUGGCGGGCGGACUCGGCGGGGCGGAAGUCGCUGAGGCGGACGGGGGUGGCGGCGGCAGCGAGCGACGAUGAACAACAAAUUCGACGCAUUGAAAGAUGAUGAUAGUGGAGACCAUGACCAGAACGAGGAAAAUAACACACAGAAAGACAGUGAGAAGGAAAAGAAUGAUCGGGAGAAGCCACAGAGUACUACCAAGAGGAAGGCUGUUGUCCCCGGGCCAGCUGAGCAUCCCUUGCAGUACAACUACACCUUCUGGUACUCCAGACGCACGCCCGGGCGGCCCACGAGCUCCCAGAGCUACGAGCAGAACAUCAAACAGAUCGGCACCUUUGCCUCGGUGGAGCAGUUUUGGCGGUUUUACAGUCACAUGGUACGUCCUGGGGACCUGACAGGCCAUAGUGACUUCCAUCUUUUCAAAGAGGGCAUCAAACCCAUGUGGGAGGAUGAUGCCAACAAAAACGGUGGUAAAUGGAUUAUCCGUCUGCGGAAGGGCUUAGCGUCACGAUGCUGGGAGAAUCUCAUUCUGGCCAUGCUGGGAGAACAGUUUAUGGUGGGGGAAGAAAUCUGCGGGGCGGUCGUCUCUGUCCGAUUCCAGGAGGACAUCAUCUCGAUAUGGAACAAGACAGCCAGCGACCAGGCCACGACAGCGCGGAUACGCGACACGUUACGAAGAGUGCUCAACCUACCUCCCAACACCAUCAUGGAAUACAAAACCCACACCGAUAGCAUCAAGGCCUGGGAGGAGUUUCAUGGCCUGGUGAACAGCAGUGGCCGCUGAUCGAACGCUCCCCCUCCCUCUGUCACACCCAGGGGAUAAUUCAAGCUUUCGAAACACAAAAAUCACAUUGUGAGAACAAGAGUUGGCACUAAGCUCCUCUCUCCAUGUUGAAAGCACUGAGGGGUCUCUACCGGUGCCCUCGACCUCUGAAGGGACUCAUGGGCCACUCUCGCGCUCCUCCCUGGAGGAAGGAUCCAUCUGCAGCCCUCCAGCAGCGGUGACAAUAGAGGCCGAUUUUGUCUUACACAAACUUUUUUUAGCAGUGGGGCGGGAGGCCAGCCUUUCAAUUAGCAGCGUGCCCUUGGGGCCGCAUCUUGCAGCACUUUCCUCUCUUUCUCUACAUGGCAUGCAGGAUCUCUGGGAUUCUGCCUCAACAUCAGAGCCUUUUGCUGAGGGAUACCAGUAUUAUAAAUCUCUCUGCAGCUGGGCAGAGCAUCCCAGUUGAGAGUCAGCCCUGUGGUUUUCAAAUGCCCCUUUUCAGUUCUGCCAAUAAAUUAUUGGGUCUCUUUGUUUC